AUGGACUCGGAAGACGGGGAGUUUUUCAUUAAACAACUUGCCGGCUUUGUGCGGACGCACGAAAAGGCCCUUGCAAACGCGCUUCAAUUCAAGAGACAAAACCCCCCCCGACAUGGAGCGUCGCAAAGCGUAUCGUCCAUCUCCACAGGACAUGUGCCGCCCUCCCCAUCUGUACCAGAAAGACCUUCAACAUCUGCGUCGACGUCGAGCACACUUGCUGCUGCCCUCUCCCUCGGAACCCUCAGCUUCACAUCCCACAGCGUCAAGUCGGCAAAGUUGGCACUCACCCCCCAUCAUCUGUUCUACUUGCUUUCUCGCUUCGAAGAUUUAGGGGUUCCCGUCGGUCCGAUGAAGGUUCGCCUCGAAAACCUGCACGACAGCACCACCUCGGCCAACUAUGUGUCGUUUCUUGGCCAGUCGCAACGUUCCAAAAGCCACGGCUCCGAUGUCGGAUCGAUCCGUUCCGUGUCGAGCAUCCGGAGUGUCAUGUCUACCAUGUCUGCGUUGUGGUCGAGCUUCGGGAUCGGCUCGAGCAUAUCCGCCGCCCGGACAGAGAGGCAAAAAGCUCAGGUUCAGGCCGACCUGAAGUAUCUGUACUCCGCCUUCACCAAGAUCCCCUGCCUAAGACUGGCGCCGGACUGGCGUGCGCGGCUCAUCAAAGGUUACGAAGAGUUUCCAUUUGACUCGGCCGUGCCGCUGUAUGUUUUCAAGAACGUGCAAGCGCUCGAAAUUAGUGACAUCGACUUUCGGCAGUUCUUCGGGUGGGACAGGCUCUCGGAGCAGCUCCGAUCUCUUGCGCUCAAGCGUGCCAGUAUCGACGACCCUGCAGAUAUUCUGAUCGAUAUCGUAUUGGAUGACAUGGACAAAAGACGUCGGCGAACAUCAAAGAGCCACGCAUCGCCCACCAGACAAUGGCCUGGGCCUGCCAGUCCUCGGAGAAGCCCGACAAUGUCCAACAGUGAUCUUCCCAAGUCCGCCCCAAUUCCAGGCACACCGGGUCCGCGGAAGUCGACAAUGGACCUGCAGGUUGGAUCACUCAAUAGCGAUGCUGGGGCUGACCAGGAUGGGUCUAGUGGAGUGGAUAGCAGGCGACCAUCCAUCGCGAGGGCCGACAGUGAUGAACCUCAUUCACCCCCCAAGGACGACACCCGGACGCGGAGCCACUCUCCCCGGCGACCAGGAAGCUCCCGGAACCCAUCGGCCACCGUUCGGGGACCCUACAAGAUCCGAAGGUCCGGGUCUGGGAGUUCUCACUCGAGCCUCUCGGAUUCCUGGCAUAACUCCCGGGGAAGCUCUUCGAACAUCCUGCCCAUGGGCAUUCUUCCGACUUCCAAGUGGCGCUUCCUCAAGCACCUAAGCUUGGCAGACAACUCGCUCACUGCGAUUCCUGCAGCGAGUCUGAUUCCCCUUGCCAAUACUCUGAACUCCCUGGACCUUUCUUCCAACCUGUUCACGCAGAUCCCCGAUAGCCUGGCAACCCUCACCGCACUCCGUGCUCUUAAUCUUGCGCAUUGCAUGAUAGACUCUCUGCACUCGCUCACGCGAAAUCCGCUGCCAGCGAUAACCGCUCUGAAUUUGCGAGCCAACCGCCUACAAUCUAUUGCAGGCGUCGAGAAGCUCCUGCCCCUGGAGCGGCUUGAUCUUCGAGACAACCGUCUCACUGACCCCAUGGAACUAGCUCGGUUGACGGGAAUUCCGGAAAUUCGCGAGAUCUGGGUAGAGGGGAACCCUUUCACACGUACCCACCGUGACUAUCGCAUCACAAUCUUCAACUUAUUCCGCCAGACACCCGGGUACACUGAAGACAUCACCAUUGACACUAGCGGGCCCACGUCCGCCGAGAAGCGAUAUUUGGUGGACCGCGCAGAGGUGCCGCCUGCCGUUCCGGUGAUUAAACCUGAGCCCCCAGAGAUCCCCGCUGUUGAUGUUAGCCGGCCAGCCAUAAUCUAUGAUGCGCCUCCCAAGGAACCUACCGUGCUUCGAAAGGAAAGGCCUGUACCCAAAGCAACCUCCGGCGAAGUCAGCACCAGCUCAACACGGCGCCGCAGGGCGCCAAAGCGCCGCAUAGUUGACCUCGCUACUACGGACAGCCCUAUCCCCUAUGCGCGCCCUGUCGACCGCCAUACAACGCCUAUCAAAACUGCUGGGGCCUCCAAUAACUAUUACCGAACCUCGCAGCCACCUGAGGCACCUGAACCUCUUCGCAAUUCCCUGGCGGAGAGCCCCCUUCCAAACCCGGCGGACGGAGGACCUCGACAAGUUCCCAGAAUUGAGACCAACCUGUCACCCCAGCUGCCUUCAAUCUUUGGCUCACCAGAAAACAACGCUGACUGGGAUGUGGGUGGCGAGCUCUACCGCAAGAAGAUUGAGGAUCUCCGUCACAAAGUGGGCAACGGUUAUCUGAGCGUUCUUAGCGAGGAGGGCUGGGAUUCAAGUUCCCGUUCCCCGGAGUACCGCCAGGCAGCCGACUUUGGCGCGGCUUCUUCGCCAUCGAUCCAUUCCGACCCAUCGAUGCCCCGAGCGAACAUGCAAGCAAUUUCCAGUGGUGGGACUCUCUGA